UACACGUUUAUUGAGCGAUCUAUAUUAAGCACAAAAUUAUUAAACAAAAACAACAAUCGAGAUAGAUUAAAGCAACUGUAUAAUUAAUUUGCCAAGUAGCAGCAGCAGCAACAAAAGUAACUUUAAUUCAUAACGCAAACAAAUCACAAAAAAAAAAACAACAACAAGCAUGGAAGCAAUUGCCAAACACGACUUCUCAGCAACUGCCGAUGACGAAUUGAGUUUUCGCAAAAGCCAAAUUUUAAAGAUUUUAAACAUGGAAGACGAUUCAAAUUGGUAUCGUGCCGAAUUAGACAGUAAAGAGGGUCUCAUACCCAGUAACUAUAUAGAAAUGAAAAAUCAUGACUGGUACUAUGGUCGCAUCACACGCGCCGAUGCUGAAAAAUUGCUCUCAAAUAAACACGAAGGCGCAUUUUUAAUUCGCAUCAGUGAGUCCAGCCCUGGCGAUUUCUCCCUAUCAGUCAAAUGUCCCGAUGGUGUGCAGCAUUUUAAAGUUUUACGCGAUGCACAGGGUAAAUUCUUCCUUUGGGUGGUUAAAUUCAAUUCACUCAACGAGCUAGUGGAAUAUCAUCGAACCGCAAGCGUGUCAAGAUCACAAGAUGUUAAAUUAAGAGAUAUGAUACAUGAAGAGAUGCUCGUUCAAGCAUUAUACGAUUUUGUGCCACAAGAAUCUGGUGAAUUGGACUUUAGACGCGGCGAUGUUAUCACCGUCACAGAUCGAUCUGAUGAGAAUUGGUGGAAUGGUGAGAUUGGCAAUCGGAAAGGUAUCUUCCCAGCAACCUAUGUAACGCCAUACCACUCAUAAUAGAAUAGAAAGUCGUAAAAUAAAAUAUAAAAAAACAAUAUAAAAAAUAACAAUAAAAACACUGCACACAAAUACAAAAACAACAAACAAACGAACACACAAAACAAUACUGGUAUCUAAAUUAAAAUUUAAAAAAACGAACCACCAACAGUAACAAAUAUUUGCCACCAUUAUUUUUCACACAUUUUAUAAAAACGCCAAACACUGCUACAACAACAAUCAGAACUAUUAUCAGAAAAGUAGGAGUAACAACGGCAGGAAGAGACACUGCAAUAACACUCGAAAUUAAGAUUAGCAAUGGUAAUAGGGAUACAAAUGUUGUGUCAACAUUUAAAACUACAACCAUCAAUAGUUGUGAGCUGUCUCAUCAGCCAAGAAAUUUAUUAUCUUUGAGACUAUUGCAUGCGAAACAUCACAGCCUCAUUUUAUUGUUUUUUUUUUUAAAGGAGCGCUUUGUUGCAGACAACCUUUUAGCAAUUUUUAUUUGAGGUUAGAGAUACAUAUAUAUAUAUUUAAACGGUAAAUUACUGUAAAGAGUGUAAAAUCAACUUAGCGAAACUCUAAACUUAGCUGCCUUAUCAUGUAUCUAAAAGUCAUAAUCCAAUUAAUUGUCGCGUACUUUAGGCACUGAAAAUUAUUGCAUGCCAAUUUGAAAGUUUAGUUUUAAGAAGAUUUUAAGUCUAUCCCAGGCAUAUUGAACAUAUUUAUUAUAUUUUACAUUUGGUCUUUAAUUUCCAUUUUUGCUAACAUUUUACACUAAACUUUUACCAAUUUUACCUAUCUAUAUCGGCUUUUUAUAAUUGAAAUUUGUCACAUUUUUUUGUCAAAUUCAUACAUUUUUUAUGAAAUUUGCGACGGCUGGCAAUGGUAAACCUCCCGAGUGUAUUUCUGCCUUAGUAAAAUUUCUCAUAAAAUCCAUUUGCCAUUCGAAGAAAGUUAUUGACCAAAGCGUCGACAAUUUUUUGGUCGAAGCCGAACUAAAGUCUAACAAAAUUUUUUUGUCCGAACAUAAUGAAAGCCGAGUUGAAAGUUGGGUACUUCCCUAGCGGCCCGUGUUGUGCAAUAUAUUCUCGACCUCAAAGAGAAAAAACUCGCCUAAGAGAUACAUGAUAAUGCGUGCUUGGUCAAGUAAAGAAACACUUUAUUAUGUUUAAUUUAGAGAACGAUUAGUUUUGUCGAGAAAUAUCAGUGGAAUCAUGCAAUUCAAUCGCAAUGGAAUGCAUUUUAUACAAUUUUUAAUUUCUAACCUCAAAAAAUUGUUUGUAAGACAUCCCAAAAGUAAUCACAAACACAUACAUAUAUACCCAGAAAACACCAACAACCACAUACCAGAUAUAUAAAAAUAAACCUACUAAAAUUAUACCUUUGAUAUGCAUUUUUUUGAAUAAUUUUAAAAAGGGGGGUGUUACUGAAAGUUUGUUUAAAUUAAAUGUAUGUAAGAGGUAAAACCAAUUUGUAAAAAAAAAUCGAUUUUGAUUUUGCUUUAAGAGCAGAAACGAACCUGCAUAAAGAAACAAUUACUUAUAACGGUAAAUUGUUUAACACGUUUUCGUGUAUUUUAAAGCUUUUUCUUUUGUUGAAAAGUUGAAGCGCUUAAUUUUCAAAUGAACUUUUAUUCGCUGCGAACGAGUUUUGCUAAUUUUACAAAUUACACAGUCUCACAAAAAAAUUUUUUUUAGCCAAAUUCUGUAUCGGUGCCAAAAAUUGUUUUACACUUUUUCAUAUAUUUUUCCGUAAUAAAAACUGUGACAAGAAUUUGUCACUGUUACAAAUGUGAUGACAAUUGUCACUCUGAAAAAUUUGUCACGACAAUAGCGAUAAAACUAAACACAUAGCUCCGUCGGAAUGUUUUCACAUGAGAAUUUUGUAAAAUUGUUUAUAUCGUAAUUGCGCGCAUUUCAUCAGUUUUCAAUAAUUUGAAUAUUUCUUUAAACUAAAAGAAUGCAAAUGCAAUUAUUACAUAUGCAUUACAUAAACAUUUCUUAUUACUAGCGACCAUUUUGUCAACGACAAUUUUAAAACCCGACUAUGAUAAUUUGUCACUUUUUCAAUGGAAUUUCUCAUGGAAUUGAAGCGGUGGUGAUAAUUGUUUUUAUUAAAACAAAACAACCACCAAUCUGUCUAAUUGUUACUGACAAUACAAAAAAUUCCGAUCACUCAUGUUAUAAAAUAUGCACCAGGUGGUCCUUUCAUUUUUUGUUCAAUAUGGUAAAUUUCUAGUGUAAUUCAAUUAGUUUUAUUAAUUCAAACGCUUCAUUUGUGUGAUUCUUUAGUAUUUAAUUGGGUGGUGAAAACGAAAAUAUCCUAGCCUGUUUCCCCGCCUAACUUUUUUGAGGGGCUGUGUAAUUUAUAAUUUUUAAGAAGUCUUCACACAAUUUGUAUCUUGAAUAAAUUGCACCUUUUCAAAUUUACACUUCUUUUUUCUUAAUUGCUUUGUCCAGUUUAAGAGGCUCUUAAAUGCCGCCAUAACCAUCAUUUCAAAUUUCCUGCUUCAAUUUUAUGUGCUUGAGUAGUUUUUAAAUUUUGUUUUAGCGCUUGCAAAGUAUUUAUUCGUCUUAAUAAUGUGUCAUGUUUUAACAAUUUUAUUUUUUAUGGAUUUAUUUUAAAUUUUUUUUUUUGUAAGCAAUCAGAAAAAAACUAAAAGUUUUGAGGUGGUAAAACACAUGAAACGCAAAUAAAAAAUGUGCUAAGAGAUGUUAAAUAAAAAAAUAAUAAUUAAAAAAUUACAAGCAUAUAUAUAAAUAGCAACCAAUAAGUAAUAGUUUUACUAGUUUUUUUUUCAUAUACAUACAUACAUGAAAAUAUUAUACCAACAUACAUACUACAAGCAACGUUUAUGCAUUAGGAAAGGAAAGGGUGCAAAUAAAAAACACAAAAAUAGGUAAAAAAUGUUUGCGCCUAAAAAUGUAAGCGUUUUUUUGAUUUUAAAAAAACUUUCUUAAGAACAAAAUCCGUAUAUACAAGUACAUAUGUAAGCAGUUGAAAGCGUGCUGAAAAUGUACUAGAUAGUACAUACUACCAGAAAACAUAGGGAAGUGAAAAAGUGUGCAAUCAAUUUUCUUUUCAAGAAAAUGGCAACGAAAAACAAUUAGUUGUAGCAAAAAAAUUAAAAUUGCACAACCAGCUUCACUCCAAUCAACAUGCCUACAUUAAGGGUUCUCGCAGUUAUAUGUAUAUUGCCAUAAAUAAAAAUAACACUUAAAGUUAUACUAAAACUAAAAAAUUGGCUGCGUGCAUACAGAUGCAUACACAAUAAAUUUGUUUUAAUGUUGAAAGUUUUUAAACAAAAACUGGCUACUACAUUUCUUUUACUUUCUAUAAAUUUUAAUUUGGUGCAAACAAAACAUCUCAGUGCUAAUUUAUAUGGACGCUCAAAGUAUCACUGGUUCGUUUUUGCGCUUACUGCCCUAUUCACUCAAUGACAGAACCAAUCGUAUUAAUGGAUUUAAAUACUGCGCCGGAAAGUGUGCCCAAAAAACUUUGGCUUUAAGUGCUCUAAAAACUACAGUUUUCUAUAUCACAAUUUUUUAUGUUAUGGUUAUGACCUAUUUGACCUAUUGAGUGCGUGAAAACGACGAAACAAUGCCUUUUUUCGGUAGCAAAGUUUUAGGCGCAGUAGUUAAAUCAAUUGGUAUGUAAUGAGUUUUGUCACUGGCGUGGGCGUGGCGUGGCGCAGCUAUUAAUCAUUACUUGCAGGCAAGCGUCUCACACACAUGAGUACUUGUUUCGUGCUUUACAAACAAAAGCUUUAAUUUUUUUCACUUUCUUAUUAAACGUCGUAUUGAUUAGCGCACGACAGCUUCUAGUUUGAAAUUUUAUUUAAAUCUUAAAAAAAAUAUAUAUAUAAAAAUAGUCGCGCAAACUUUGCAUUUCUUUUAGUAAACCACCAAGUGUAAAGCGUCAGAAAUUUAGAAAAAAAGCAAAAUAAUCACAUUUUUACUUCAAAGAUAUUAAUUGUAAAAUGAUUUAACAGAUGGG